GCAUUCGCCGGACUCUGUGCCGGAGCAGUAUCUACGACGGCCAUGCAUCCGCUUGACAUGGUCAAAACGCGAAUGCAAGUAGGCGAUGGAACAACGCUGUCAUUGCUCAAACAAAUACACCAAGGCUACGGCCUUAGAGGCCUCUACAGAGGCCUAGGCACAAACCUCGUUGGUGGCAUGCUUGGAUGGUCCUUCUAUUUCGCUUGGUACGGCCAGAUCAAACAUCUGUUUGGGUCAGCUAGGAGACGACUAGAUGCUCACGAAUAUCUUGCUUCGUCUGGUACUGCAGGGUUGCUGACAGCACUCUGCACCAAUCCGAUAUGGGUUAUCAAAACAAGAAUGCUCACUACAAAUCGAGACGAUGCGAUGGCAUACCGGAACGCAAUAUAUGGCCUUCGAAAAAUACUCAAAGCGGAAGGAAUCCGAGGGCUAUAUAGAGGUGUUGUGCCAAGCAUGUUCGGGGUGUCACACGCAGCUCUUCAAUUCACGGCGUAUGAGAAGCUCAAGGAUUGGCGCAUGAGGACAUGGUCAGAGCAGCCCAUGAAUACAUGGGAUUUUCUAGAGGUGUCCGCUGCAUCGAAGGCUGUGGCAGUCGUGGUCACCUAUCCAUACCAAGUCUUGCGCAGCCGGCUCCAAAUGCACGACGCACCGGUCGAGGCCACAAUGGUGAGUACAUUCCGUGACAUUCGGCGGAAGUCUGGGCUGUUGGGCUUCUAUCGUGGUCUGGCGCCCAACUUCUUGCGUGUAGUUCCUGCUACAUGCAUCACGAUGCUGUGCUACGAGCAAGUC